UGGGGAUGUUUUGGAUGAUAAAGGCAGCGUGCUUGUUAGCACUAACUGCCUCCCCGAGAUGCCGACUGUGCUCAUCCUGUCACAGCUUUGGACUAAAUAAUACGACUUUUCUGAGGCCGAACCCAAGCGGCUCGUUCUCGAAACUUUCCGCGACGCCGACUGUGUCAUUAUAGCUGAUUUACUGAUUCCUUUUUGCUCUCUGCAGCAUUCUGCUAAUGCUCAUGCACAGGAAAGGAGGAAAGUGAGGCCAUUUGUGCGCACACAGGGUAAUACGCUGAACCCAACUCCAGUCUGUUAGUCUGCAGGCCUCCUGAAUGAAUCCAUAACUUUUACCAGAAACCUGCUACGUGCUGAAGCUGUUGCCUGCAGCUACGUCAUGGAGAAACGUGGUUUACACUUUUACCAGAUGCAAUGAUUGAUCAUCUUUACCAGGAGCAGAUAAAAGAUGAGGAGGGUUUGAGUUCCCACAACGUCCCAACACCUGAGCUGCUCAUGAUGGAGUCUGCUAUCGGUGUGCUGGUGUCCCAGUUUAAGGCCUAUGCUGGGAGUGAUGGUUCCGCCGACACUCUGAGCAGGGAUGAGUUUCGCAGGCUGGUCAAAGCCGAGCUGCCGAACUUUGUCAAGAACGCUGGCGACCCCGCCACCGUCGACCAGCUCAUGAGCUCUCUGGACGCCAACAACGAUGGGGAGCUGAACUUCCUGGAGUUCUGGCAGCUGAUUGGACGUCUCGCAAGCAAGCAUGGGGGGUUCAGCCAAUAGAGUGUCCUCGGAUACCCUGCUGCAGCUGUCAGUGUGCCACACAGUUAGAAAAAAAAGUGGGAAAUCAGCCAAAUGGAAAACACCCCAUAACUGUGUCUGAGCUUUUGUUGUUUUGUUAUUUACCAGUUUGAAUCCAGUGUGUCUCUUAGCAGCAGAGUCAAACAGUGUCACACAGAGCUGCUGCUGCUGCCUGUGCUCACAGGUCCACAGAGAAAAGUGCAGAAUGCAUUGUCUGAGACCUGAGAAUAUGUGUGAGUAAGCAGAAUUCCUGGAAAACAUCACCUCCCUCCUGGACCAACAGAGGUGUGGCGCCCUCAGAGCCUCAUGUGAUAUGAAAGAAAUCAUUAAAAAAAUCCAAAGUAAAA